UGCCGUGCUACCAGUGAUCAGUGUGUAUUUACUACUCGCAGGGAAGACGACGCAGUGCCAUUCAGUUUUGAUGCUUCACUCAACAGAUUAGAUUGAUAUCGAAAAAGGCUUACUAAAACGCAUACCAAAAGGCAACGGUAAUGAAGCAUCAUCGUAUAGCAAUUACGGUUUGUUCCAUCAUUGUGUUAUUGCUGGCUUAUGUCAAUGGACAGCGACCUACGGUGACGAGAACGACCACAACGACAACAACCAAAACAGAAACUACGUACAUAGAGACAUAUGCCUUAUGCGCUUCAAUAACGACGGCAGUCUCAUCUUUGGUGACGAAUUGUCGACGAAGACGUAACUACUGGAUUGACGUACCAGCUUAUAUCGCGCUUGACGAAGACGUCGAUGAUCAGUUGACUCAAUAUUUCCAUCCAUCCAGCACUUACAAGGUGGAACCGACAGUAGGACCUGGAUUCAAAACGGAUGCUAAAGACAACAGCGGUUGGUUACCUGACGGUUGGCUGACUGCAUCUCAUCCAAUUCAACCUUCCCUAUUGACACGUGGAACCGAUGAUGGUUCGGCUGUGGAAAGGACACCCGAACCCAUUGGAUUCGUAGCGCUAUCUGACUUAGCCAAUAAUAUCCUUAUUGCUCUUGGACUUGCUAAUCCUACCGAGACCGUGCUGGAAACGAAGACAAAUACCAAAACGACAACAAAGACUACAACGACGAGUACCAAGACAUUCUAUUUGUCUGGCUGCAAGCCAAGUCCAUUCCCAUUUACUUUGUGCAAAUGAAUAAGAGCCAAAAAAGAAAAACUAUAUUUAUAUCAUAUAAAUUUCAUUCACCGAGUGUUUUAAAAGUAAUCAUCCAUUUCUUUUUUGUCUUUGCAACUCUCUUUCCAAUGCGACAUGUUAUUUAUUUAUUUAUGGCGUGAAAUGGAAUGGGCAAGUCACCCAUAUCUAGCAUUGUGUUGAAUAAUUAACUACAUUAACGUUUUCCUUAAAAUAGUCUUUAUUUAACUUGAUUUUUUUAAAAAUAAUUGUCUGUAGUUUAUUUAUUUGCUCAACAAGUCGUCGAAAGAAAUACAAAAUCAUAAUUUAUA